GAAGUUUUUUAUUCCAAAGGGUUGUUAAUAACAAAACAGAAGAUAUGGUGAUCAAUGUGGGUAAGUCUUAACAAUACAGGGGUCUUGUUGAUAAAUUCAAGGGAUAAAUAUCGUCUGUUUCCCUGAGCUUGGGCAACAAGUCCAACUUCUCUCCUUAAGAAACUCUCCUUAAGAAUUAAGAAAGAGACCAGAAACGAAAACCUCAUCAAUCAAAGCUCAAAAUCGCCUUCAAUGGAUGCUAAGAUCGGACAAUUCUUUGACUCCGUCGGUACUUUCUUCAGCGGCAGCGAUAAGAUCCCAUGGUGCGACGGAGAUGUCAUCGCUGGAUGUGAAAGAGAGGUUCGAGAGGCCACAGAUUCUGGCACUGAAGAUCUUAAGAAAGAGUGCUUGAUGCGAUUGUCAUGGGCCCUUGUUCAUUCCCGUCAAACGGAAGAUGUUCAACGUGGAAUAGCCAUGCUUGAAGCAUCUCUGGAAAGCAGUGCCCCUCCAUUGGAGGACCGAGAGAAGCUCUAUCUUCUUGCUGUUGGGUAUUACAGAAGUGGGAAUUACUCAAGGAGCAGGCAGCUCGUGGACCGCUGUAUCGAGAUGCAAGCUGAUUGGAGACAAGCUUUGGUCCUAAAGAAGACCAUCGAAGACAAAAUCACAAAGGAUGGUGUUAUAGGGAUAGGGAUCACGGCUACAGCCUUUGGAGCUGUGGGUCUCAUAGCCGGUGGUAUCGUAGCAGCGAUGUCUCGCAAGAAAUGAAAACCACAACCAUGACUUCUUCUCUGUAUUUUGAAGUAGUGGUGGUGGUGCACAGCUGAUGUCGUCGAGGUCAAGGAGGAUCUUUGAGAAGAGCAAGAGAGUUUUAUGUUUACUUGAAUGAGUAUCUUUGUAUGAAUUCUCAGUUUUUACACCAAACACCAUUUACUUUGGUUAAAAAAAAUUUAAAGAACCCCACCAUUUGAGCAGACAAAACUAAAUGACUACAAUUCAAGUUCUUAAAGUGGGGGGUAUUGGAGCAAUGACUUUGACCGAAUUUAU